AAGAAGAAGAAGAUUCAAUGAUGGAAACAUUAUUCAUUGAAAUAAACAAAUAAUCUAUAAAAGUCAAUGGUAUUAAUUAUUACGUCAAUACUCAAGCCCCAAGGUUAUAGGUAGCUGUACGGUGUUAGGUGUACACCGUGUACAGUACUAUUUACUAUAAUUUUGAAACUUAGGUUCAGUAUCUGUAUUCUGUAAUCACUAAUCAGUAAUCACCUCACUACCGUAAUCUGUUGAUAAAUGUUGAGUACCGAUAAAUGAAUACCUACUGAUUCAAUUUUAGUCACUACUCACUUCUCAAACGUUAAGAAGCAUCAAAGUACCUAUAAUGAGUACAAAAGUAGCUGUAGUCACCGGAUCUAAUAAAGGUAUCGGGUUUGCGAUAGUUCGUGGUCUGUGCAAAAGAUUCGCUGGCGUUGUUUAUUUAACUUCCCGCGAUGUAACUCGCGGUAGAAACGCCGUAGAACAACUGGAGAAGGAGGGACUGAAGCCUAAUUAUCAUCAACUAGACAUCACCGACGAGAAAAGCAUAGAAACUUUCCGCGACUACUUGAAACAGAAGUACGGCGGUUUGGAUGUGUUGGUUAACAACGCUGCUAUCGCUUUUAAACACGACGCCCCCGAUCCCGCGUCAGUACAGGCCGAGCAGACUCUCUUCGUCAACUAUUUCUCUCUUCUUUCGGCGUGCAACAUUCUCUUUCCCAUUUUACGCGAUGGUGCCCGGGUUGUGAAUAUUUCGAGCUCCUGCGGCCAUCUCAGUCACAUUCCCAGCGAGAAACUCCGUCAACGCCUCCAAGAACCCACCCUGACUAUUGAGGAACUCUCUCAGCUGUUAAAACAGUAUGUGGAAGCUGCUAAAAACGGCACCCAAGCUGCAGAAUGGGGCAACUCCUCAUAUGUAGUAUCUAAAGUUGGGGUGACAGCAUUGACUAAAAUACAGCAGAGAAUGCUAGCUGAUAGAGAUAUCAAAGUAAAUUCAGUCCAUCCUGGCUACGUAGACACAGACAUGACAUCACACAAGGGACCUCUGACUAUUGAUGAGGGUGCCGUAGCUCCGCUGUUCCUGGCCCUCGAUGCAGCUGACUCUGUGAAGGGCGAAUUUGUUUGGUAUAACAAGGACAUUGUUAGUUGGAAUGGACCAUAUCCGUCCAAAUAAGAUUUUUAUGCAUCUUAUAAAAUAUUGUAAGUAUAUAAUA